ACUUACUCUAUGCUCCUGGAUUAACUAGGAAUGUCCCUAGGUGUCCUAUUGUCAUUACAAGCCAUCACAGUGUGUGCCGAUAACCCCAUUAACUGGCCUGUACUAGAGCUGGAAAGGAAAAUGAAGGAACCAUAGCGACCUGAACACUCCUACUUGAGUUUCCUCUGUAGAAACUAAAGAACACAGGAGCUCUGAAUCCGGCUCUUGCAAUCUGUUCCGGGGCUGCACGAAACCCAUUUGCCGACAUUAGAACUGUCUAUCGAUCAUAUCUAAGCAUCUGUCUAAAUCCACAGGCACUUGGAGAUCCUCAUCCAUCAGCUCCUUGGACAAACGUUCUGUGGUCUGUGGCUGGCCAGGAUACGAUAUCCCUGCAGUACAAAUUUAUGGGAACAUCUCUGCAACUGUGGUUUCACAAAUUGAAUUGAUUGGCUGCGUGUUCAAUUCCACGAUGACAAUAUUGGGCUCAAGUCACGAGGACUUUUGGCUACUGAGCAAAAGUUAUUAAUGGUCUUACAGUGUCCUACAUUAUUUCUGGCCCUAUUCGGACUAAGCUUUUCCAACUCAUUCAGAAGUAGAUUUUGAUGCAAAAUCACUUCCAUUUAUUUACGGCACCAAUUAAAAUGAUACCUAGGACUGUCGGGAGGAGAGUUGGUGAUGCUUUUGUUCUGAGCGUGAAAUUCUCUUCCCUCAUCUCCUUGAAUCCCCGAUGAAAGGAAGUGAUUUGUGCUGUAGGCUUUGUGACGGGCAGUAAUCUGGCUCAUCUGCUUACCUGCUGACAGAGAAUUUUGUUCAAACCAAUUGUGACAAUGAAGAGCUGAGCUCUGCAGAACACAGUCCCCGUUCCUGUCACUGUUUCCGGCACACAGUUGCUGUUUCCAUCACUGUUUCUGGCACACAGUCCCCAUUCCUGUCACUGUAUCCGGCACACAGUUGCUGUUUCCAUCACCGUUUCCAGCACACAGUCGCCGUUCCCAGCACCAGUCCCAGUUGCCGUCACCAUUCCCAGCACCAGUCGCCGUUCCCGUCACCGUUCCUGGCACCAGUCCCAGUUGCCGUCACCGUUUCCAGCACACAGUCGCCCUUCCCGUCACCGUUCCUGGCACAGUCCCCGUUCUCUUUAACAUUUCAGAUAUGCCAAUCUGACAGCUUGAUCCCACCCAUUCUCCUAACAUGGACCUUCCCCACUAAUCAGAGAAAGGAUUUGGAAACCAGGCAUAUUGUUUUCCUCCCAAACUGGAAAGGGGAUGGAGAAAGGAGGGUUAAAACUACUCCUAAGAUUCCUACAACCAACCCAACUGGAAAUGGUGACAGGAACAGGGCCUGUGUGCUGGGGGUAUCAUUUGGAACUCGGAUAAGUAGUCAUUCUCACUUGUACCAGGCGUGCAACGUGGGCAAGCGAUACUGGUGUAUCAACGUGGGCACUGGUAAGACAUGGCAAUGCUUUGCGGCAGCUAACAAAACGUAAUAAUUCCACUGAAUAUACUUUUUGGGGACUAUGACCAUUGUAAUCUGCAAGCCGUUGUGAAACGUGCUUUUGAACCAUCUAUAUGACCUGAAGGAUUUGGUGAGCUUGCCUCUACAGAUUUCAGGAACAGCCACGACAGCCAUUGCUAGGAUGCACUUGGGGCUAGACUGAAACUUCGAGCCUGAUUGAAGUGGCAGGGUCCAGGCCCAAGAGCGGAUAAUAAACCGAUGCUUAGUGAAUUUAAGUGCUGAGCCAGAUUAAAAAGGUUAAGGCCUCUAGGCCGGGAGUGAAGCAUGAACUGCUGUGUGAGACUUCACUCACCUCAGCGCAGAACCUGGCUCCACAGCUGUGGUCUGCAGCCUGCGUUAGAGUCAAAAUCAAGUCUAUUAUCUCUGACAUAUUAUGAAAUGUAUUAGUUUGCGACAGCAGAACAAUGUAAUACAUUAAAAAAAUCUGUAAGCUAUAACAAAAAUAUAAAAAGUAAGUGUGUGCAAAAGGAGAGUGAAAUAGUGAGAUUUCAUGGACCAUUCAGAACUCUGACGGUGGAAGGGAAGAAGCUAUUUCUAAAACAUUGAUUGUGUGUCUUCAGGCUCUAGAUGGUAGUAAUGAGGAGAGGACGUAUCCUGGUGAUGGGUUCUUGAUGAUGGUUGCCAACUUCAUAAGGAAUGGCUUUCUGAAGAUGUCCUUGAUGGUGGGAAGGCGAGUGCUGAUGAUGGAGCUGGGAGAGGGGACAACCCUCGGUCCUGUGCUGUGGCCCCUCCAUACUGGAAGGUGAUGUAACUAGUCAGACUGCUCUCCACGCUACUCCAGUAGAUAUUCGCAAGAAUCUUUGAUGGCAUACUUUUACAAUCCUUGUUUGGGCAGGAGUUGAUUCUGGCCUCUCCAGGCACUUCACCACAGUAGAUGUGAAUGCAGCUGGGCGAUGUUGGUUGAGGCAGCUCACUCUGCUCUUGUUGGACACAAAUUGGAUCCCUUUUGAAGCAAGAGGCAACCUCUGACUACAGCAGAACACUGCAGCACCUAUCGGGUAGAUCAACAGGGCCUGAUGCCUUGCCAAGGAUCACCUUCGUGGAAGAUAUUCUGACGCCAGCCUCUGAGACAGACAUCACAGGGUCACCGACUACUGCACGGAACUGCUCAGCUCGAGUUUUGUUCUCCCCAUCAAACCCUACAAUAAAGGCAUUGAACUCAUCUGGGACUGUAGCAAGUACAGAGGAAGCCUAACUUCAUAAGUGACUGCGGUGCUUCACUCUCUGGCUCCUUAUGAAAAUCCACCGCAUAUCUACGCCCUUGCUGAUACCAUGUUUCGGAACAUGAUUAUCGAUGGGGAAAAUCAAUGUGUCAUCAUCAGUGGUGAAAGUGGGGCUGGAAAGACUGUGGCUGCAAAAUAUAUCAUGGGUUACAUUUCCAGGGUUUCCGGUGGUGGCCCCAAAGUGCAGCAUAUAAAGGAUAUAAUUCUUCAAUCAAAUCCUCUCCUGGAAGCAUUUGGGAAUGCUAAGACAGUGAGGAACAAUAACUCCAGCAGAUUUGGGAAAUACUUUGAAAUCCAGUUCAGUCCAGGUGGGGAGCCAGAUGGCGGAAAGAUCUCCAAUUUCCUUCUGGAAAAAUCCAGGGUUGUUGCACGGAAUAUCGGAGAACGCAGUUUCCACAUCUUCUACCAGCUCAUUGAGGGUGCAUCUCCAGACCAAAAAUCCAAUUUGGGAAUCACUAAUCUUGAAUACUAUUUUUACCUCAACCAAUCGGACUCCUACAAAGUAGAAGACAUUAAUGAUCGGAAGGAUUUUCAAGAAACUCUGCAUGCUAUGAAUGUGAUUGGAAUUUUUGCUGAAGAACAGGCCAUGGUUCUACAGAUAGUGGCUGGCGUGCUCCACCUGGGAAAUAUCACUUUUAAAGAGGUUGGCAAUUACGCGGCUGUGGAAAGCGAAGAAUUCCUGGCAUUCCCAGCGUUCCUGCUUGGUAUCAACCAGGAGCGACUGAAAGAAAAACUGACCAGCAGGAAAAUGGACGGCAAGUGGGGAGGAAAGUCGGAAACCAUUAAUGUGACGUUAAACGUGGAGCAAGCCUGCUAUACCAGGGAUGCUCUUUCCAAGGCUCUUCACGCACGCAUCUUUGACUAUUUAGUCGAUUCCGUUAACAAGGCAAUGGAGAAGGACCACGAUGAGUACAAUAUUGGUGUCCUCGACAUCUACGGCUUUGAGAUUUUCCAGAAAAAUGGCUUUGAGCAAUUCUGUAUCAACUUUGUGAAUGAAAAACUCCAGCAGAUAUUUAUUGAGCUCACACUGAAAGCCGAGCAGGAGGAAUAUGUUCAAGAGGGAAUUAAAUGGACGCCAAUUGACUAUUUCAAUAACAAAAUAGUCUGUGAUCUCAUAGAGAACAAAGUUAACCCACCUGGCAUUUUAAGCAUCCUGGAUGAUGUCUGCGCAACAAUGCAUGCAACGGGAGAAGGAGCAGACCAGACGUUGCUCCAGAAAUUGCAGAUGCAAAUCGGAACCCAUGAGCACUUCAACAGCUGGAACCAGGGCUUCAUCAUUCAUCACUAUGCAGGCAAGGUGUCCUACAACGUGGAGGGAUUCUGUGAGCGGAAUCGAGACGUUCUUUUCACCGACCUCAUCGAACUCAUGCAGGGCAGUGAGCUCCCCUUCAUUCGUGCACUUUUUCCUGAAAGUCUGCAAGCGGAAAAGAAAGGUCGCCCCACCACAGCUGGCAGCAAAAUCAAGAAACAAGCCAAUGACCUGGUGAGCACUUUGAUGAAAUGCACCCCUCACUACAUCCGCUGCAUCAAACCCAAUGAAACCAAGAAGCCCAGAGACUGGGAGGAGAGCAGAGUUAAACACCAAGUGGAGUACCUGGGUUUAAAGGAGAACAUCCGAGUGCGCCGGGCUGGCUACGCAUAUAGACGAGUUUUUAAGAAGUUCUUACACAGGUACGCCAUCCUGACCAAAGAGACGUGGCCUUCUUGGAGAGGAGAGGAGAAGCAAGGAGUGGUCUUUCUCCUUCGAUCUGUCAACAUGGACUCUGAUCAGUACCAGAUGGGCAAAAGCAAAGUCUUCAUUAAAGCUCCGGAGUCUCUGUUUCUGCUUGAAGAGAUGCGGGAAAGAAAGUAUGAUGGCUAUGCCCGGGCAAUUCAGAAAGCAUGGAGGAAGUACGCUGCGAGGAAGAAAUAUGUGCAGAUGAGAGAGGAAGCAUCUGAUUUGCUGCUCAAUAAAAAGGAGAGGCGGCGAAACAGCAUCAACAGGAACUUUGUAGGCGAUUAUAUUGGAAUGGAAGAUCGGCCGGAGCUGCGGCAGUUUAUAGGGAAAAGGGAGAAGGUUGAAUUUGCCGAUACUGUUAACAAAUACGAUCGAAGGUUUAAGAGUGUAAAGCGCGACCUUGUCCUCACCCCCAAGUUUGUGUAUCUCAUCGGGCGAGAGAAAGUAAAGGAAGGUUCUGCCAAGGGCCAGGUGAAGGAGGUGCUAAAGCGAAAGAUUGAGCUGGAACGGAUCCUAACUGUUUCCCUCAGCACCAUGCAGGAUGACUUCUUCAUCCUCCACGAGCAGGAGUACGACAGCCUGCUGGAGUCGGUCUUCAAAACGGAAUUCAUCAGCCUCUUAUCGAAGCGUUACGGAGAGAAGAUGCAGAGGAAGCUGCCACUGCGUUUCAGUAACACACUCGAAAUGAAGGUGAGGAAGGAUAACUGGGGUCCCUGGAGCGCUGGAAGUUCUCGGCAGGUUCAGUUUAUCCAAGGCAACGGGCAGGUGGCUGUGCUGAAGCCCAGCAGUAAAACCCUACAGGUCAGCAUUGGGCCAGGACUGCCGAAGAACUCACGGCCCACAAAGAGGAACUUGAUGCAGGUGCGACAACAAACUACAAGGUCACAGAAGACAGCCUAUCCAAUGAGAGCUGCUCCUCCCCCUCCAGGAUUCCACCAGAACGGGGUCCUCAAGGGUCCACAGAACAGCUCACAACGGCAACCUGUAAGCAACCGAGCCACCCAGCGAACCCCCCAUCAGAGCGCAGCAGCGACAGGACGACCGGCUUUGCCAAGACCAGGCACCCAGCUCAGAGACAGGAAUGUCCGCGCCCAAAAUAACCUGGAUUUCUUGAAUGUGCCUGAGCAGGGAGCUGCAGGUAACCGCACUGGAGGGACGCGACCAAGUGAAGGAAAGGCACACAGGCAGAUGACAAAUCGGCCGCCCCCUGCAGGAGGUCGACCAAAGCCCCAGCCCAAGCCCAAGCCUCAGGUACCACAGUGCAAGGCGCUAUAUGCAUACGACGCUCAGGACACAGAUGAACUUAGCUUUAAUGCUGACGAUGUGAUAGAAAUCGUAAAAGAAGAUCCCUCAGGAUGGUGGAUCGGACGACUGCGGGGGAAGCAAGGAUUGUUCCCCAACAAUUAUGUUGCCAAGAUAUAAAGCUGUCAUUAUUAGAAUAUACAGAGAAACCAAAUGAAGUACAGUAUAUCACAGUCAGCAAUCCUACAGUGACAAGGACUGUAUAUGGUUGUAAAUGUAUGAAUCUGCACAAAUCUGUAGUCUGGAGCUACACUCGCAUUAGAACUGAAGGAUCUGUAAUUUAUUGUAUUUAUACAUUUUCCCCUCUAUAAGAUGUAGUGUAGAAGAAUAUUGCAUAAAAUACCUGAGUAAAGGAUUCUUAAUUUUGCUUUGUCUAUUCACCAAAUAGUUUUACUCUUUUAUAAUUUUAGUAAUCUGCUAUUUCUUCAGUAAGUUCUGAGUUGGGACAGACACUGAACUUGGCUGCUGACUCAUGUACGAGGAAUGUUUGCUGCACUUAAAUGCCCAACAGAAUGGGAUGAUUUGUUUUGAAAAUAAUUUAAAGCUAUCAAAUUUUCUAGCAGGGUCCUCAGGAGUACCGUAGGCUGCAUUGGUGACCAAUAUAUAUAAACAAAGCAAUUGUAUUUUAGUGCCUUAUUACAUAAAUGUGGCUGGUCCAUAUUAAAUACUGUAUUGAUGUAAAGUUGAGGUUAGAGAAAUGUUUCACUUUCCCCAUUUUAUUGUGUUAACCCAAUUCAAAGACUCGUCUAUA